AUGGCACAAGCUAUUGGUGUUCUUGCAACCAUUAAAAAUGUUAAGUUUGUUGUACACUUAUUUAUUCUACGUGAAGUAUUAAAAAUAGUAAAUAUAUUGAGCGUUCAGCUUCAGGCCAAAUCAGCUACAUUGGGCAAAUCUGCUAGUUUAGUAAAAGGCAUAAUAAGCACUUUAGAAAAUAAUCGUUCGUCUGACCACUUCAAAGAAUUAAAGAGAAGUAGAAAAGAGCCUAGAUAUCUCCAAGAUUUUGAUGUGACUACAGUAACAGGAUCCGAUGAUGAUCUUAUUAGAACAAAGGAUGUAAAGUCAUACUGGAAAAUAAAUGCUUUUUUUCCCAUUCUGGAUGUAAUUAUUAUUAAUAUGAAAAAAAGAUUUUCAGCUGAAAAUUUUCAGAUUGCUACAUCUAUUGAAAAUUUAAUGAAAAUGGAUUUUGAAGGAAGCUCAUUUUUAAUUGACCAUUAUAAGGAUGUUUUAAAAGUAAAUACUGAAGAUUUAAAGUGUGAAAUGACUGUAUUUAAAAAUAUUUUAAAUGGAAACACAGAAUAUGAAUAUUUUAAGGAACAUCUUACACAACAAGUUUUUCCAAAUUUAUUUAAACUCGUUCAAGUAGCAAUCACAUUACCGGUCAGUUCAUCCACUUACGUUGAAGAUAUUUUAAACGAAUUUUCUAAAACAGAAAGAAGAAUAAAACUAAUGUAA